AUGGACGAGCUGGACCAGUCGCCCCUGGUCUCCUCCUCCUCCGGGUCAGCCCGGCCGCAGCAGCCACAGUUUAACUACCAGUUCGUGCUCGACGACGAGAAGGAGGAGGAGGAGGAAGAGGAGGAAGAGGAAGACGAGGACGAAGACUUCGACGAGCAGCUGGAGGUGAUGGAGAGGAAGCCUGCCGCGGCCCCGCAGGAGCGGCCGCCACAGCUGCUGGACCUCGGUGGCCCCGCCGAGCCGCCCCGCCCCGCUGCUCCGGAGCCGCCGCAGCCCGACUGGAGCCCCCGAGGAGCUGUGUCCUCUUCCUCCUCCUCUGCCACGACGCCGUCCCCCGCGCAGGAGCAGGUCCCGGCCCCCGCCCGGCCCGCGCAGCCCCAGCCGCCCAAGCCCGAGCCUGCCGUUGUCCCCCGGAGCAGAGGGUCCUCCUCCGGCUCAGCUGAUGAGACCCUUUUUGCUCUUCCUGCUACAUCUGCGCCUCUGAUGCACUCCUCUGCAGAAAAAGUUCUGGACUUGCAGGAGCAGCCAGGUAGCACUAAGUCGCUUGGGCAAGAGGAUUUUACUGCAGUCCCGCUUGAUCCUGCUCCUUCUCUUCCCUCCUCCUCUCCUCUCUCAGCUGAUCCCUUUAAAGAGCACGCAGCCUUUGGUACCCUCUCAGAUGGAUUUCCUGCAAGAGGCACUUACAAAGAGAGCUCCAGUGAGGUUUAUAAAGAACCUAUGAAAAAUGCCAGAAACCCCUUUCUUGCAGAGGGAAAUGAUAAAGACAUUUCAGAGAUUAAAUACUCACAACCCCCAUUUGCUAAAGAAGCAGCAGCCAUUUUAUCUCCAGCUAAAGAAAAAACACAGCUAGAGGGCCCUGAAGAAUUACCUAACCUGGAGAAAACACCUGCACAGCAGCUGAAAAUGUCUCCAGAAUCUCCCCAAGAUUUAUUUGAAAGAAAUGAGGAAGAUCUCUUCUAUAACAAAGACAAAUACAGAGGAGGUGGUGAUCAUGGUGAAAAAGGGGUGCUGAAAGAAGACUCUCUUAGGAGGGAAGAAUAUGCAGACUUCAAACCAUUCGAGCCAAUAUGGGAAGUCAAAGGUGCUAGUCAUGGACUGAGCAGCAUGAGAGAGGAUGUUGGAAGUAAGACAGAUGCCAAGCUGGAGAGCAGUUUGGAUGACAAAUAUAGUGUGGGUAAGCUGACUGUGCAGAAGGAUUAUGAAAGAGAGAGUGAAGGCAGUGCUGAAGAGCCUUCCUUCCCAAGCACCCCAGAAGCUGUAGAAGAACCUUCGCAGACUUACAUCACUUGUACUAAAUUUGACCCCUCUCCAAGUCCUGGUGGUAACAAAGGCAAAUCUCUUUCUCCACUAGAGGAAGGCACUUCAGAAAAUAGAACUGACGAUGAGAAAAAAAUUGCAGAACUGAAAGCUCAGACGGGCCUAGAACAAUGUAAUUUUGCUGCUGGAGCAGUUGGGCAGGAAGGGCAGGGAGCUGACCCUGCUAAAGCACAGGGGGUCCCGCCAGUGCCGCCCGACAGCACCGCCAACAUGCCCGAGGGUCUCACUCCUGACCUAGUGCAGGAGGCAUACGAGAUGCACGAUGCAGCCUGCACAAAACUGGCUUAUGAAACCAAGAUUGAUUUAGUGCAAACCUCUGAAGCGGUGCAGGAGACUCUGAAACCCACGGUGCAAAUCUGCCCCUCCUUCGAAGGCUCGGGAUCUGCUCCAUCACCUAUAUUGCCAGAUAUUGUUAUGGAAGCUCCACUAAGCACUGGCACUGCUGGGGCAGAAGCAGCUGCUGUGCAGCUGGAAGCUUCCCCACUAGAAACAUUUAUGCCCACUGCCAAGUAUGAGAAUGUAAAAGAGGCUGAAAAACCUCCUGUAUACCAAGAGGCAGUGAAUGUACCACUGACACAGGCCCAGGAAGCAAAGGAAACAGGGGCAUUUAAGCAACCUGAUGGUGAGAGUAGCACCACUCCUGAAGAUCUGGAGACUCCUUAUAUAUCUAUUGCAUGUGACUUAAUUAAGGUAACAAAGGUCUCUGGUGAAUCUUCUUCUCCAUCUUUCACAGAGUAUUCAAAGACACCAGUAACAGAAAGCAUUUCUCAGGAUGUGCCUGAAGACAAGGAACUAGAUGGAACCCUGUCUCCACAGUUUGAAAAAGCUGGCCUGUUUAAUAGUCAAAUGAUAUCUGACUUUGCUGAGGAAGCAAGUGAAGAUCCAUCUCUCCUCUUAAAAAGUAAAUCCACCGAGAGUAUUGCAACUGAUGAAGAACAUGAGGAGGAAGGACUGGUGGAAUCAGUAGCUGCCACAGGCAAGCCUUAUCUGGAGUCAUUCCAACCUGAGCUGGACUCUUCCAAAAUUGUUGCCUCUCCACCAUCUGAGCCAAUACCUGCAGGAAUAGCCAAGGCAGAUAAGAUUCCUCUUCAAAUGGAAGAACUGGAUGCUUUGGUUUAUUCAGCUGACGUAUCUGUUGCUAUGGAACCAAAAACAGGAGAUGACAAAGCUCUCUCACCCAUGGAGUCUUCCUCAGUCUCAGUGGAAGAAGACUUUGUGAUGUUAGGUCAUCCUAAAGCUGUUCCUGAAUUUGUGACAGAAGCCACUGACCGAGAAACAAUGCACAAAGAUGAAGGUGAAGACAUCAGUAAGGUGAUCCAGGGUGAGAAGCAGUUGCCUUGCCCAGAGCUGCCCUGUGAUCUGUCUGUGAAGAAUGUAGAAGCAAAAGCUGAGGAAGAUAGCAAUGCCUUGAAAAAGUCUUUGGAGGCUGUGGACAGAGAAGUGCCUGAAGUAUCCACCAUGUCCUUACCAGCCACAGAUACCUCACCUUUAUCUGCUGAAAAAGAGAUAGUCAGUGUAGUAAAACCAGUAUCUCUCGAGAAGGAAGCUGCUUCUGUUAAAGAAAAGAAAAAACCUUCUGCUGUAUUUUCAGCAAAGCUGAAUAAGUCUUCAGUUGUUGACCUCCUUUACUGGCGAGACAUUAAGAAGACCGGGGUGGUGUUUGGAGCCAGCUUGUUCCUGCUGCUCUCAUUAACAGUGUUCAGCAUUGUGAGCGUCACAGCCUACAUUGCCCUGGCCCUGCUCUCUGUCACCAUCAGCUUUAGGAUAUACAAGGGAGUUAUCCAGGCAAUCCAGAAGUCUGAUGAGGGCCACCCCUUCAGGGCUUACCUGGACUCGGAUGUGGCCGUAUCGGAGGAGCUCAUCCAGAAGUACAGCAACGUCGUGCUGGGCCACGUGAAUGGUACCGUCCGGGAGCUGCGGCGCCUCUUCCUUGUCGAUGACCUGGUGGAUUCCCUCAAGUUCGCAGUGUUGAUGUGGGUUUUCACUUACGUUGGUGCCUUGUUCAAUGGUCUGACAUUACUGAUCCUGGCUUUGAUUUCACUCUUCAGUGUUCCUGUUAUUUAUGAGAGACAUCAGGCCCAAAUCGACCAUUACCUGGGACUUGUGAACAAGAAUGUCAAAGAUGCCAUGGCAAAGAUCCAAGCAAAGAUCCCUGGGUUGAAGCGCAAAACUGAAUAAAAAAAGCCGGAAGCAACUUA